GGGGGCGAGGAACUUUGGCUACAAAGGUCCCCACGGGCGAGCUCAGCUGCGCCCUGUCCGCUUCCCUCCCGGAGGGCUUCCAGCCGGAGGCUAUAGCAGCUGUUGCCGGGGAGCGGCUGGAUCCCGGCUCGCAGCUGACCCUCAAUGGGGCUGUGCUGGGGCUGCUGUUGAGUCACCCCGGGGGCACCCCCCUGUGGGAUUUCGGGAGGCUCUUCCACCAGCACCAUGGCCGGUGCCGGAUCUGCCCCGGCACGGCUACCGCUCGCUGCGCCACCUGCUGGGUGACAUGAAGGAGCUGGUGGUCCUGGACGAGGAGGGCAAGGAACCGUGGGUCAGGUGCCGGCAUGCAGCCUGCGACCUGCUGCCGGAGGCCAAGACCCCCAGGAGACGCCACCAUCACCCCCGGAUCCACAAGGAGGCGCCACCCAAACGGCAGCACCCAGAGGCUCCUAAAGCAGCUCCCAGGCCUUGGAACUCCUGCCACCACCUGGCUGCUCCCCCGGACCAUCCGCCGGCCGGAUCUGCCCCCGGGCACCAAGCCAGCACCUGGCUGCCCCGAGCUGUCUCGCUGAGCCACUUCCCCAGCUCCCGCCUUCCUGUGGCCGCCCACCGGCAGCCACCCCUGCUAAUCUUCACCAACCAGUCACUGGGUCUGGCAGCGUACCAGAGGGCAGCCCUGAAUAGCUCCACGCAGGCCCCCAGCCGGCUGCCCCGCCCCACCCGCCCAGCCAUCCCCCAGCUGGACCCUCCCAUGGCCGAACGGGCUGAGCUGGAGCAGAAUGUGGCGCGGGUCCUGCGGGGCCACCCUGGGGGCAUUUCCCUCUUCCGCUUCCGCCAGGCCUACGGUGCCGCCUACAGCCACCCCUUCCCCCUGGACAGCACGGCCUCGGUGAAGGAGCAGCUGGCAGCCAUGCCGGGGGUUGUCAGGGUGGAGGGCUGGGGGGUGCAGACGAUGCUCUUCCCGGUCUGCCCCCAGGAGCUCCCCAGCGAGGAGACUGGUCUCGCCCCAUCUCUGCCAGAGGCAGUCGCCGCUCUUGCCAGCCCCGAUGUGGUGCCAGCUGCCCCAGCUGUGGUCUGUCCAUCGUCUUCCAUCUUUGCCAGCUCCCCAGAGGCCACCCUGGCUCCUGCAGGCCCAGAGCAGCCCCCUGUUCCUUGCAGCCCUCCCCCAGGGCACAGAGUGGCACUGGGGGCCCCAGUUGAGAUCCCUGUAUCCCCCGCUGCCUCAGCAGCCCCCUGGUCACUGGAGAUGGGAUGGGAGCAUGGAGCCAUGGGGCCCAUCACUGAGGAGACUGAUGUCAUGGAGGGCGUCGCCAUUGCUACACCAGCUGCUGGUGCUGUGCCAUCUGAACUGGGGGCUGAGCUCUCCCUGCCAUUGGCUCUGGCAUCUUCUGUAUCCCUCUCCCCCGCAGGUUCCCCCUGGGGUCCCACCCCAGAGCUGAGCCUGGACCAUGUGGCUGCCACGGAUGCCGUCCUCUACGGCCUUAACCCUGCCCCCAGCUCUGCAAGCUGUCCCAGCCCGGAGCCAUCCUUUUCCCCAACUUUGCCAGGACCCAUGUCUGGCGGCCAUCCUCUGAUGGCUGUGGUCUCCCCUGAGCCAGACUGGUCCCCCAUCCAAGACGUCCCUGGCACCGCAGAUUCUGCCAGCGAAAGACCACCUUUCAGACCCCUGCCUCUGGGUGAGCCCAGCUUGGCAUCCCCCUACAAACAUCGGAAUGACAGGGGGGCAACAUGGGCGGCCAUCAAGCCAGAGUCCCGUCUGCCCCAUAUCUCCCCGCUCCGCCCCCCAUCUAUGGGGAGUAAGGGGAAGCCACUCAAGCACAAACCUGACCUCUGUGUCCUUCUGUGAUGUGGGUGUUGUAAGUUGACAGCAUUUGUGUGGAAAUGGGGGAGAGGCACGAAAUUGACAUGGGGGGGACAACACAAUGGGCUCGGUCAGGCUGGGUAGGAGGGGGAUUGUAGGACAAGCACCCGCAUGGGUUAGAAACGCUUCUCUCCUACUAGGAGAGAGGGAGCCGGGUUCUGCCCUGGCUCCUGCAUCACCAGCUGAGAGCUGAUCUGGAGUGGGCGGGGAAGGGGAGAAGGGGGCAGGGGUUGAUGUGGGGUUGGGUGGAGUCUUCAUGAUGGGCAGCAGGCUGGUUUAAAUGUAGGUGGAUGGCCCCAUAUCCUCGCAAUGCCCCAGCCUGGGGCUGGAUUGGCCCCAGUGCCCCCUAGAGGUGGAAGGCAGCUGUGUCCCAGUGAGGCAGCCCUUUCCUCCCCCAGUAGCACGGGUCUGAGUGGGAGGUGGAAUCACCCUUAAAGCUGGGGUCUGUCUGGGAUUCAGCCAUCUGGGGUGGAUCCAGAACCCACCCUCUUUUAGUAGGGGCUGGGGCAGAUCUAGAACCCAACCUAGCGUGGUGGAACCUUCACCAGUCGGGGGAAAUCUGUUGAAUCUAGAACUCACUUGGUUUGUGAAAGGGGGUCUAGAACAUGUUCCACUCAGUGGGGGAGGGAAAUCUAGAACCAGCUAGAUUCUGGUGCGGGGCAUCUGGAACACACUCUGUUUGUUCAGGACAUGGUGGGAUCUAGAACCCGUUCCACUUUGCUGAAUCUAGAACCCCCUCGAUUAUGUGGGGUCCUGAGGAAUGUAGCACUGAUUCUGGUGGAGAAUCUAGAACAUGCUCCAUUUUGUUGUGGGUUGAGGACUCUAGAACCCCCUCCAUUCUCUGGGGAUCUAGCCCCCAACCUGUUUUGGUGGGAGGAUCCACAUACCCAGUGUUAUGGGGGGCUGGUGGGAGAGGGUCUGUGGCUGCUCCAGAGCCAUAUCAUGGCCCUGAGCAAAGGGAACAAUUAUUUAAAUAUUUAUUUUCCACCCCUCCAGGGGAAUCUUGUCUCAUAUUUUAUUUGAUGAAUCUCCAGUUGUUCUCCUAAUAAAACUUGCUUCCUGAAUGA